AGCGCGUGGCAAUUGCUCUGUAUGCACUAGGAUCUUCUAGUGAAUACAGAUCAAUUGGACAUUUGUUUGGAGUAGGCAAAGCAACUGUUUGCAAAAUACUCAUCGAGUUUUGCAAUGAAGUUGGGACAUCUUUGGCUCCAAUAUAUUUGAAAAAUUUUCCACUGACAAGGGCGCAAAUUGAGAAUGGAGUCGCAGAUUUUAAUGCAAUGGGCUAUCCACAAUGUAUUGGAGCAAUAGAUGGAUGUCAUAUUGAAAUUCAUCCAAGAAAGGAAGAAGCCAUUGAUUACUACAACUACAAAGGGUGGUAUUCCGUAGUACUAUUGGCUUUGGUAGACGCAAAAUAUAGAUUUGUUUAUAUACAUUGCGGCAGUCCUGGAAGAUGCAACGACUCCGGAAUUUUUGAAAAAUCAUCGCUAAAGCGCGAGUUGCAAAGUUGUGCACUUCUUGAUGAAUUGAGCUUGCUGUAUGGAUCCACAAAAAUACCAGUCCAUAUUAUAGGGGACUCUGCUUUUCGUCUCUCUCAGCAUUUAAUGAAGCCAUAUCCUACAAAGAGUCCAAUUGGUUUAAAUCUGAAAAACAACUUUUCACCAGAACAAUAA